AUGGUUUCUGGAGGUGUGUGGUUGCUUGUAAGUUCGUUACUACUUCGUAUAGGAUUUUUCACCUUCGGUAUAUACCAAGAUGCUCAUAUGCAAGUGAAAUAUACCGAUAUCGAUUACUAUGUGUUCCACGAUGCUGCUGGCUAUGUGUUUAAACAUGGUUCGCCUUUUAUGAGGGAUACCUAUCGGUAUACCCCACUGUUAAGCUGGUUACUAGUACCUAAUCACUAUUUAGCAUGGAUUCAUUAUGGUAAGCUUUUGUUUGUUAUAUUUGAUCUGAUCACUGGUGUGAUAAUUAUGAGACAAUUAGCUGGAAGUUCUAAGGCCAAUUGGUUAGCUAGCCUGUGGCUUUUGAACCCGAUGGUUAUAACCAUCAGUACCAGAGGUAAUGCUGAAAGUAUUCUAGGUUUUAUGGUAAUGCUAACCUUGUAUUGGUUACAAAACGGUCAAUUGGUACUUGCAGGUUUAAUGUAUGGAAUUUCAAUUCAUUUCAAGAUCUAUCCCGUAAUUUACAGUUUACCCAUCUCUAUCUACACUUACAAUCGCUAUAAAGGUCACAGAUGGUUUUACAAAUUAGUGCUAUUGGGUGCUGCCGCAUUAAUUGGACUAGCGGGUUGUUCGAUUUGGAUGUACCAAAUUUAUGGCCAGGAAUUUCUGGAAAAUGCGUACUUAUACCACCUUUACAGAACCGAUCAUAGGCAUAAUUUUUCCAUUUGGAAUUUAUUACUAUACUUCGAUUCAGCAAGACCAGAGAAAUCUGCGUUGUCUAAAAUUGCAUUCGUCCCUCAAUUGAUCGUAACAGCCAGCAUUUCGAUUUUACAAUGGUGGAAUCCAUCUUUUGAAAAUUUACCAUGUGUAUUAUUCGUCCAGACAUUUGCAUUUGUUACAUUUAACAAAGUAUGCACUUCUCAGUAUUUUAUCUGGUACCUGAUCUUUUUACCUCUUUACAUCUCAAGAUCAAACAUUUCCCCACUCAAGGGUGUUAUAAUGCUAGCAGUUUGGGGAAUUACACAAGGUCUAUGGUUAUUACAAGGCUACAGACUCGAAUUCUUAGGACAAGACGUUUUCUUCCCAGACUUACUUGCCGCCAGCGCAGCAUUCUUCUUGGGGAACGUUUGGCUCUUGGGUCAAUUUAUUGAAGAUAUCAAGAAUUCACAACAGCCAAAAAUUGAUAGAGUUAAAAAGGAACUUUAA